ACAUGUUCGCUGUUCAUCUCCAGUAAUAAUAUAGGCCCUUGUGCAACCCUGUCAACCAUUGCUGGCACUGUCCUCUCUGUCACAGCUCUACAGUUGGAUAUCCUCCUCUUCCACCAUGGCAGGCCCGGCUAGACCCUUGCUCGCCAUUGCUUCGCUGGUCCUCGUUGCUGCUGGCCUUCUCUUCCAGUUCUUGACCAUCCUGACUGGCGGCGUCAACAAGUCCCCUCUCGACAGGUUCUACUUCCUCGAAGCCUCCACAAACGGCAUCCCCAACGCCCGCAACCCCUCUCGAUGGACGUUCUUUGCCAUUUGCGGUGAAAACCCAAGCAAUGGACGCAAUGCAAACUGUGGCUCGCCUGUUCCUGCUCUUCCCUUCGACCCACCAAGGAACUUUGGCACAGAGCAAAACAUUCCUGAUGCAUUCCUCGGCACGAAGCAUCGUCUUGGAGGAUACCUGUCAUCUCUUAUGACCUCCAUUGCCCUCUUCUUCCAAGCCCUCGCUGCUGCUCUCAUGACCGCAUGGGUUGUCAAAGGUCGCGAUGGGUUCCGGUCCGCCGGCUUCGAAGCCCGUAUCGGCCGUUACCUUAUGGGAUUUACGUGGGCUGCUGUAGCUUGUUUCUUCUUAGCUACCGUCAUGUUCUGCCUCGGUGGCCAUCUUGGUGGUGACAGCUCUUCGAGGAUGCGCCGCAACCGUUCCACAAAGUCAACCCGCAGCCGCGGAAGUUUUUUAGACACUGAUUCCCAGCGCAGGGUCAAGAGCGACUACUCUGUAUAGACCAAGAACUAAUGAGGAGGGAGACAGGACCCCGAGGUGUUGUCCUGCAGCAACUGUCUUUUCUGCAACGAUAUCCACGAUUUAAUUCAAUAUACAUGUACAAGUAUAGUUACUCUUGUAUUAGCGAGAAACCACAUAAUGCCACUACACACUAGCUUAAUGAUGACCAUAAUCCCAUACAAAACCAAUAAAUUCAUUUGCGGAUCGGUAUUUUCAAUUCCUUUCCUCACUAAAU